GGAGGGAUUGAGGCAGGGGAGAGCUGGAGGAGGAAAAAAAGAGGCAGAGGCGGCUCACCUUCUGAAACAAACAGGAAGCAAGACAGCCCUCCUGCUCCUGUUCACCUGCGACUGCUCCGCUGUCCCGUGUGGAAAGGCAGCCGGCCGAGGGGCUUUCGGUCGCGCAUUUUUUUGUUUUUAAAUUUAUAUAUUUUUUAACGCGACAGCUGCUCACACUCGAAGACACAGACGUGAUCCUGUCAACUUUCCUAUCGGUCGGCCACUGUGAUUAACACAUUGAAGCCGGACAGUGAGUCAAGAUGCAGCGUCCCAGCAGCUCUCCAGACACCACCAGCAAGGAGCAGAGGCACAAGAAAUAAAAGACCCCAGGAGACAGCAGGUCCUUAUGGUUGAGGUGGUGUAUAUCGCCCCUUGCCAUGCCUCCCGCCAUGACGGACCUCCUGGACAUGUGGGCGGCCCACUCGCCCCUGGCCGGCCACGCCACGGACGUGAUCACUAUGGACUUCCUGUUACCCACCGGUAUCUACAUCCAGAUGGAUGUCCCACGCGAGGCCACCAUCCAACACAUCAAACUGCUCCUAUGGAAGCAGGCUCAGACGUACCCGCUCUUCCCCGCCCUGGGCGAGAUGGAGGGACACAUGUUUGAAUGUGUCAACCAGGCGGCUGUGCAUGAAGAGCUAGAGGACGAGACUCGGCGUCUCUGCGACAUUCGCCCCUUCCUGCCCGUUCUAAAGCUCGUCACACGCAACUGCGGACGAGCAGAGCGCCUGCUGGACUCCAAGAUCGGUGUGCUCAUCGGCAAAGGUCUCCAUGAACUGGAUGCUCUGCAGGACCAGGAGGUAAAGGACUUCCGCAGUAAGAUGUUCCGUAUCAGUGAGGAGAAGAUGCAGCGAGUCCAGAAGAUGACCUGGACCGAGUGGCUGCAGGCCUGCUUCUCCCCGCAGCUGGAGAACGGGGGCGGGGCCAUCACCGACGGGCUCAACGACCGGCCCGCCGACCUCAAGGUUAUCAUUCAUUUCGACCAGUCUCAGGACACGGCCAGUCUGAAGGUGUCGCCAUCCUGCACCCCCACUGAGCUGAUGGAGCUGGCUCUACGGAAGUGGCUGACCACCCACGGGCCUGAGGACGAGGCACGGAGGGGUCAGUACGUACUGAGGGUCAGUCAGCGACUGGAGUUCCUCUGUGGAGACCACGGCCUCAUUCAGUACAAGUACAUCCGGUCGUGUACGCAGGCCAAGGAGUCACCCCACCUCACCCUGGUCCACACCAGCACCGUCAAGGCCAUGUUUGAGAAGGAGAUCUCUGCCAUUGGAGCUGUGGUUACUCGCAGGUCCUCCAACCCACCCUUACCCCUACCUCCCAAGAGAAGGAUUCCCACGCAAGUACAAACGUGUGUGUGGGACGUGUCCAGCCAGUUUAAGAUAGUCCUAGUGAAAGGCAGCAAGGUGAAUGCAGAGGAGUCUGCUAAGGUGCAGGUGAGGGCAGGCCUCUUCCAUGGCACAGAGCUGCUGUGCAAGACAGCAGUGAGCAGCGAGAGCAGUGGGCGCUCAGAGCACACGUGGUCCGACGGCACACUGGAGUUUGACAUUUGCGUCUGCGACUUGCCACGUAUGACACGCCUCUGCUUCGCUGUCUACGCCGUCAUGGACAAGGUCAAGAAGCAGAAGUCCACCAAGAACACCCACCUCAACAAGUACCAGACCAUCCGCAAGGCUGGAAAAGUGCACUAUCCUAUUGCCUGGGUGAACACCAUGGUAUUUGACUACAAAGGCCAGCUGAAGACCGGAGAUAUCAUCCUGCACAGCUGGUCUUCCUUUCCUGAUGAACUUGAAGAGAUGCUGAACCCCAUAGGGACCAUCCAGACCAACCCAUAUACUGAGAACGCUACAGCCCUGCACAUCCACUUCCCUGAGUACUCAUCACACCCCAUCGUCUUUCCCCUUUUUGACAAGAUACUGGAAAAAGCUGCGGAGAUUGUCAAAGCAAGUGACUGUGCACCCGUGGGUCGUGGGGGUAAGAAGUUUCACAUAGAGCUGAAGGAGAUCAUGGAACGCGACCCGCUCUCUCAGCUGUGUGAGAACGAGAAGGACUUGAUCUGGACACUACGACACGACUGCCACGAGAACUUCCCCCAGUCGUUGCCCAAGCUGCUGCUCUCUGUCAAAUGGAGCAAACAUGAGGACAUGGCCCAGCUCCAGGCCUUGCUCCAGAUCUGGCCCAAGUUGAGUCCCAGAGACGCUCUGGAGCUGCUGGACUUCAACUACCCGGACCAGUAUGUCAGAGAGUAUGCUGUGCGCUGUCUUCGUGAUAUGAGUGACGAGGAGCUGUCACAGUACUUGCUGCAGUUGGUGCAGGUGUUGCGUUAUGAGCCCUACUACGACUGCGCCCUCACCCGCUUCCUUCUGGACCGCGCCCAGAGCAAUCGCAAGAUAGGACACUUCCUCUUCUGGCACCUCCGGUCAGAGAUCCACAUGCCGGCUGUCUCCGUCCAGUUUGCCCUCAUCCUGGAAGCCUACUGUCGAGGCAGCAUCCCUCAUAUUGAGGUCCUAAAGAAACAGGUGGAAGCCCUGAGUAAGCUAAAGUCAGUCAAUGAGCUAAUUAAGCUGGGAACCAUCAAGAAUGCACGCAGUAAGACCAAGGAGGCCAUGCUGACCAAGGAGGCCAUGAUGACUUGUCUGAGACAGAGCGGCUACACAGAGACUCUGUCAGACCUGCACUCCCCGCUCAACCCCAGCGUCCUGCUCUCCGGCAUCAAUGUGGAGAAGUGUCGAUACAUGGACUCCAAGAUGAAACCUCUGUGGAUUGUUUACAACAACAAGCUGCUGGGGGGAGACACCCUGGGCAUCAUCUUCAAGAACGGAGAUGACCUAAGACAAGAUAUGUUGACACUCCAGAUUUUGAGGUUGAUGGAUAUGCUUUGGAAAGAGGCAAGUCUAGACCUCAGAAUCGUGCCAUAUGGUUGCCUAGCGACAGGUGACCGGGCAGGGCUGAUCGAGGUGGUGUCAUCAGCAGAUACGAUUGCCAACAUCCAGCUGACCAGCAGCAACGUGGCAGCAGCUGCUGCCUUCAACAAGGACGCUUUGCUCAAUUGGCUCAAAGAGAAAAACUCCGGGGAUGCCCUGGAGCGGGCUAUUGAGGAGUUUACCCUGUCAUGUGCAGGCUACUGUGUAGCCACCUACGUCCUGGGCAUAGGAGACCGCCACAGUGACAACAUCAUGGUCCGCAGCACUGGACAGCUCUUCCACAUAGACUUUGGCCACAUCCUGGGCAACUUCAAGUCCAAGUUUGGCAUCAAGAGGGAGCGCGUACCCUUUAUCCUCACCCACGACUUCAUCCAUGUCAUCCAACAGGGCAAGACAGGAAAUACAGAAAAAUUUGGCAGUUUCCGACAGUACUGUGAAGAGGCCUAUCUAAUCCUGAGGAAGAACGGGAACCUCUUCAUCACACUGUUUGCCCUCAUGCUUACUGCUGGACUGCCUGAACUCACCUCUGUCAAAGACAUCCAGUACCUGAAGGAUUCUCUCGCGUUGGGCAAGACGGAUGAUGAAGCGCUGAAACAGUUCCGCCAGAAAUUUGAUGAGGCCCUCCGAGAGAGCUGGACCACCAAAGUCAACUGGAUGGCCCACAACGUGGCCAAAGACAACCGCUCCUAG